AUGAGAUUCGCGACUAAAGUACUUCUUAGCGCUGCAAUUGUAUCGCUUGCGGUUGCUGCUCCAGCAGCAAGCCUAUCAAACGAUGAAAAACCGGCACCGCCCACUGAUAUAACAACGGACUUUUUAAUGGCUAUAUCUAUGAUUGCCGUCUCCGAAAUAGGCGAUAAAACCUUUUUAAUUGCCGCCUUAAUGGCCAUGCGCCAUCCUCGACUAUUGGUAUUUACAGCAGCGAGUGCGUCUCUUGCAGUAAUGACGGUUUUGGCGGGUUUGGUCGGACAUACAUUUACGUCUUUGAUCCCACAACGUUACACACAAUUCAUGGCAGGCCUUCUUUUCUUAGUUUUUGGAUAUAGAUUAACUUUAGAAGGUCUCGAAAUAUCCAAAGAUGCCGGCGUUGAAGGAGAGUUAGCCGAGGUCGAAGAAGAAAUCGCUAUCCAAGAUAUGAAUAGUAGUAUGCAUCACUCUGAAUCUGGUACAAUAAAGGAAAAGAAAAGAUAUGUCGACAACGUAAAGCUGAACGAAAUACUGCUGAAGGUUACAGCCGUAGCACAGCAUAUUUUUUCUCCUAGUUGGAUCCAAAUAUUUAUUAUGAUAUUCUUGGGUGAAUUUGGUGAUCGCUCACAAAUAUCAACAGUUGCAAUGGCUUCCGGAAGCGACUACUGGGUUGUUAUUCUUGGUGCAACUAUUGGACAUUUGGUUUGCACUGGUGUUGCUGUUGUUGGAGGCAAACUACUGGCCAAAAGAAUUAGCAUUAGAACUAUAACUCUGGGGGGAGCGUUCUCGUUUUUCGUGUUUGGAAUUGUGUAUACUUACGAAGCAUUCCACAAUACAGACUGA